UCAGUGCUCCUGGGGACGAAGCAGUCAGAGGACUUUCUGAGUCACCGUCGAAAGAGGGCCGAGCCGCCAUUUUGAAGCUGGGCAAAACGAAGCAAGAAAUGCUGCCAUAUUGGAUGUUGCCAGCAUUGGUGCUGGGGCGGUGGGGGGUUAGGUUGGAGGAAGAGAGAACCCUUAUUUAUUAUGGGCAGAUGAAGCCAGGCCGCUGCCAUGUCGUUAAUGGUCACCACUUUGCUCGAUCUCUGUUGAAGAAGUUGAUUAUGGGCGAGGGACGUUGGGUCGCUUGCCUUAGUAUACUAUGGUUAUGAGUGAGCAUAUGCGGAGGGCCACAUUACUUGGGGUCAGAUCGAAAUGGUCUAGGCUUGUUGCGCAAACUGAAGCCUUUCUUUCGCCAUCUUUCUUACGAUCACUCUGCUGUCGCCGUUCCCCACUGAUCCUGAUGAAGCCCCUGUGGCUGCCAUUUUGGUCUCCGGAGGCCCAGAUGAGGGAGGGGUAGCUACGCGGAAGUGACGCAAGACACCGCCAUGUCCUUUGAGGGCGGCGACGGCGCUGGACCGGCCAUGCUGGCUACGGGCACGGCGUGGAUGGCGUCGGGGCGCCCUGAGGAGCUGUGGGAGGCCGUGGUGGGGGCCGCUGAGCGCUUCCGGGCCCAGACGGGCACGGAGCUGGUGCUGCUGACUGCUGCCCCACCACCGCCACCCCGUCCGGGCCCCUGUGCUUAUGCAGCCCACGGCCGGGGGGCCCUGGCAGAGGCUGCCCGCCGCUGCCUUCAUGACAUCGCCCUGGCCCACAGGGCUGCCGCUGCUGCCCGGCCCCCAGUGGUCCCCCCAGCACCACAGCCACCCAGUCCCGCACCGAGCCCACCCCGGCCUACCCUGGCCAGGGAGGAUGAUGAGGAAGAUGAGGAUGAGCCAACAGAGACAGAGACCUCUGUGGAUCGGCUGGGCAUCAGCGAUAAUGGAGGGCUCUUUGUGAUGGAUGAGGAUGCCACCCUCCAGGACCUGCCCCCCUUCUGUGAGUCAGACCCUGAGAGCACAGACGAUGGCAGCCUGAGUGAGGAGACCCCUGCUGGCCCCCCAGCCUACUCAGUGCCCCCAGCCUCAGCCCUGCCCACGCAGCAGUACGCCAAGUCCCUGCCCGUGUCUGUGCCUGUCUGGGCCUUCAAGGAGAAGAGGACAGAGGCUCGAUCAUCAGACGAGGAAAAUGGGCCGCUAGCUAGUCGGUGGCAGAGGUCUGAUUGGAACAUGACCGAAUCCCCGGGCCAAAUCCUCAGACAUGAGACCCUCUGGGUGCAUACAGCCUUAAUAGCGGACAAGCAGCACUGGGACAGUCCGGGACAAGAAGGGGAGGAGAAGAGGGACAGGAAGGCUUCUUCGAGGAGGUGGUGUCUGAGUCGCCCUCCUCGCCCGACCUGGACCGCAUCGCAGCGAGCAUGCGCGCGCUGGUGCUGCGGGAGGCGGAGGACACCCAGGUGUUCGGGGACCUGCCGCGGCCUAGGCUCAACACCAGCGACUUCCAGAAGCUGAAACGGAAAUACUGAGGCUCAGGGAGCGAGUUUGCAGGCCCUGGGUCCUCCCAGCACCACACUACACCACCGUCCCUCCCCCGAGGCCCGCCCAUCCGAAUCAGAGCCGGGACCGCCUCCCCCUCCCACCCCGUCCCGUCGCGUCCCUCGGGGCCCCCAGGAUUUACCAGCCCUGCCAAUUCCCGCCGCCCUCCCAACCCACGGCCUUCUGCGCGGAGCAGCGGGAUCUGUCCGGCCCUCCGAUUGGUCCGUUGCCCCUUUGUCCAGCAACAAAUCCUUCGUACGACGGGAUUGGCUGGCUCCCCGGUGGGGCGUGGCUAGCCCUGGUCCCUAAGUGGGCCAGCUCUGUCGUUCUCCUCCCGGCGACGCGGGCUUGGCUCGGGAGGCACUGGCUCCGUCCCGGAAGAGCACAGGCAAGUCCCUGGCUUGGGUGGCGGUGCGCCCUCGGUGGGCGGCUCCUUCGUCUGACUGGCUGAAGCCUGUAAAGGGCCUGACUGACCGGCGUCCUCCCUUCCUUCCUUUUCCCACCAUAUUGGCUCCCGCCCCCCGGGGGCGUGGCCAAGCCGUCCCUUGCCCAGAAUUGGCCUGCGGCCUUCAAUUGACGUUCUUUACACUACUGGGGCUGGGGUCGUUUUUGCCCAAGUCUUGAAAACUUGUCCCCCUGACCCCCUCAGGGAUGGCCCAGUUCGGUCCCUGCCUCCGACACCCCGUCGUUGGUUCAAUCCCACAACAGCCUGCCAAUGGAAACCCGUCCCUGCGUCCGGGACGGCACCAGCUCCCGCUUCUCGUCCCCCUCCCCGUCCCCACAGGUGCCUUAAAGGGCCCUCGUCCACCCAAGGUGGGGGACAGAGGUCCUCACUCUCCGGCCCUGGUGUGGGGGAGAGUGUGGGGGUUGGGGAUCGGGAGUUGGGGCGCUCUGAGAUUAAAGAGUUUUACCUCUGACAAA